CUCCCAGCUGGAGGCUACCCAAGGUGGGCUUGUUCCCGUGUUCCCUCUAGCAUGUCUGAUGCUGUAUCUCCUUGAACUAACCAUUGGGACUUGUUCUGGCAGCCACUCAAGAGAUCCUCGACCCUCGCCGGCUUGGAGAGCAACACUCGGGCUUUUCUGACGAGGACCUAGCUGAUAUAAUAUGCAUCCUUAUCCCGUACACCGUUGGCGCAAUGAAAGUGGUGACAAGGAUGGUCGAUGUCGCCCCCGCAUUCGUCAUGGAGCGAAAUGAUACCAACCAAAUCCACAUGGACUUCGGCAACGACCAUGAGAACACGUCCGUUCGUGCGCCUGCAGAGCCUUCGGAACUUCACCUCGCCUUUCGGUUCUCGUCCGAGCUCAAAAACCCCCUCGAAGGCUUUGUUUUUGGACGGGGUCACGAAGUGUGUGAUGUCUCCGUUAGCCCCAAGCUGAAGUCUGUCAGCAACAAGCACUUCAAAAUAUGCUUCAACGAGCAUGGCAUCUUGAUGAUUGAAGACCUGUCAUUCAACGGCACAAAUGUGAACGGGAAAUGGAUAUAUUCAGCACGAAAACCUCGGGAAGGAGAGCAUCCCAAAAUGUGGACACUGGGGAGUGGAUCGGUGAUAAGAAUUCUCGGUGCCCAGCCAGGGAAGAGUGAAGAGGUAAAGCGUGAGGAAGACAUUGUCUUCCUGGUUAGGGUUCCAAACCGCCAUGGCAGGCACGCCGAGGCCUAUAAAGACAACCUAGUCAAAUACUUAUUGCAACGGACGGAGGUGGAUGUAAACAAGACGAUCGUGCCCGGACCAGGGGGGCGGGUUGAUCUAUUCAGAGACUCUCCGCAAAAGCCCACAGUCCGCGCCCCUGUGAUUGCCAUGCGUCAGCUAUCGCCAUCAUCCAUGCUUGGAUCUUGCGGCAUGAGGACUUGGAAGGGGUCUGACAAGUACAACUUUGUAGACAAAAUCGGGCAGGGUGCCUUCGCUACGGUGUAUAUGAUCACCGACAAGAUGAACGGACGUCCAUACGCCGCCAAAGAGCUCGAAAAACGGAGGUUCAUGAAGAAUGGUGUGCUUGACCAAAAGGUCGAGAAUGAGAUGAAGAUCAUGCAACGAGUAUCUCAUCCGAACAUUGUUCAGUUCAAGGAGCACCUGGAUCCCGAUGAUAAACACCUUUACAUAAUCAUGGAGUUUGUCGGUGAAGGUGACCUGGGAAAGUAUAUCGGCGCAAAAGGUCCCUUUUCCGAGCCAGAUACCAAGACGAUAGCGAGGCAGUUGGUGGACGCUCUUGGGUAUCUGCAUGAUAUGAACAUUACUCACCGCGAUGUUAAGCCCGACAACAUCCUCAUCCAAUCCCGGUUUCCGCUAGUCGUCAAGCUCACAGAUUUUGGGCUUUCCAAAAUGAUCGAUCACGACGCAACAUUCCUUAGGACGUUCUGCGGUACGUUGCUCUACUGUGCGCCCGAAGUUUAUGCAGAGUUCGAAGAGUACGACGAAUUUGGCCGGCGAAAUGUGCCUCGCAGCUACCCGCGUCAACCUCGCCGGAGUCAGAGAUACGAUCACAACGUCGAUAUCUGGUCCUUGGGCGGUGUUCUAUACUUCGCCUUGACCACCCAGCCACCGUUCCCUGCUAGAAACGGUGUCGGUCACACUGAGUUCCUGCACCAGGUCAUGACAACUGUACCCAACCUCGCCCCGCUCAUCGAGGCGGAAGUUUCGCCUGAGUGCCAAGAUUUCUUGGGGCAGAUGCUCCGUCGAAGACCUGAAAACCGGGCAACAGCACAAGAGUUGCUGAACCAUGAAUGGAUCCACACCUCUCAAGAUCCUUCAAAUGUCGCGCCGUCUUGCCCACAAAAUGGCGGAGUAGACGAACUGCUGGAAGCUGGAGCGUCUCAGCUGAGUUUGACCGACAGACCGGCGGCGACACCGAGAGGAGAUGCACAAGGAGAUGUCAACGUUGCGAGUGAGGACAACUUGCUUCAACAAGAGCUGAUCGAUGACGAGGAGCAUGUCAGCGACUUCGAGCAGGACAAAGAGAACUAUGCCUAUAGGCCGGCCACCCAGAACGGACGUUUGUAUGGUGAAGUUGGCCAGUCGGCGCUGGGAAGCCAGGGGGAUGUGGCCUCAGGACGCUUAAAUCUGCCCGCCACGCCAAUAAGCGUAGAAACUCCCAAGCUGUUCAGGUCUAAAGAUGAGAUUCCGGACAGUCAGGACAACUCUGAAGAUGAAGAAGACACUCCUCGUCAAAGCAAUCCACACACGCAGCGGUCACAGCCGCUUCUGGGUGAUUCAAGUUAUUUUACUUCGUCCGACGCGAGCAGGUCAGUCGACGUGGUGAACAACACCAUCUUGGGAGCCAAUUCGCAAAGCCUGGAGGGUGCUGAGAGCAUAAUGGGCCCACUCAAUAUGCAGUCCCGCCAUGGCCUUGCUAUACCAUCGGUUGGGACUGACUUGAAUAGGAGCAAACGGAAAUCUUUCUUCGCAACAAACACCACCAAUUCAUGGUCGUCGAUUGAAAAUGAGCCUGUCUCCAAGAAGCGUCGAUCUAACAGGGGGGUAGGUGCUAUUCUGAACCGGAAGAUAGCACCCAUCGAGAACGAAGAUGAGUUACUCGCCCAGGUGCCCAUGAUCAGGUCCUAUCCAAAGGUCACACCGCCAGCCCCGGAACCACAGAUAAAGUCAGUGUAUUGGGACAACAAGAACUUAUCUACCUGUCAUCUGAACUAUCCUGAGAUGACAGUGGCACAAUGGAACGCCUUCCGUAUCGCGGCUGAGAACAGGAAAAAAAGAGAUGGGUCAAAUGAAAAGUUUGAGCCAGGUAAAAGCCCAUUAUGGGCUCUGGCCGAGAAAUACUUUCCGCCCAUGAGCAAGAUCGAGACAGACCAACCCCUUUUAUGGGCUUUGGCAAAGGAGAGCGGGGUUGUGACAGAGACAUCUCAACGAAAAUCAAUGGCAAUCUCAGAGGGGGGUUGCUUACGGUCAUCAUACGAGUCCAUACUACCUUGCAUUUCGAUCAGACUAAGCAAGUCGAUAGUUACCUGGGGCAGGUCAUCAGAGAACACCGAACGCUAUCCCGACGAGCAUGAGCAUGCAACGAGGAUACCGGAAUGCGCGUUGAAGAUCAUGGUCUGGAGGGAAAAGAAUUUCGACCCCUCCAACCGCCUUAUGCCCUGGAUUCAAUACUAUGGCGACAACGAGGACUUGUAUUUUUACGUCGCCACCAAGGCCACCGACGGAAUCUAUGUCAACGGCAAACACUUAGCUUCGAACGAACCCAGUGACCGAAAGAGCAUCUGCAAAAAUUGGAUGCGACUCUACAACGGCGACAGGAUCAUCGUCUGGAACGAUCCCAAGGACGAUGGCACCCUCAGCAAGAUCGAAGUCGUCUUCGAGUGCAACUGGGGCGGCAGUCGAUUCAGCCGAGAGUCUUCCGAACACAAAACGCCAGAACUGGUGAGCGAAGAGGUGGCCAAGAAGCUGGACGAGGUGUGCGUCGACGCCGAGAGGAAAGCCAAGAAGUAUCAUCCCCUCCACGAGAUGUACCCGCCGGAUACCGCGGAUUCCGAGGAGCGUAAGGCACGCAUCGGUUGGGAAGAAAAGCUGUCGCGAAACUUUCAGAGACAGGUUGAAGAGGCGAAGAAGGCGAUGCCGCUGGUGGCCAAGGGUACUAAUUCUCGGUAUUCUGGAAGCUAUUCUUUUUCUAGUAGCUCCUCUUCCGGCUCGCGGCAGUCAUGGGGAGAUCUUGGGAUUUGAUAAGAGUUUUUGUGGUUUUCUUUUUUUGGAUAUAUAAAGGUGACUGUGAUCUGGGGAUGGGGAAAUAAAUUUUCUCGAAGUUUAGAUGUGUGUGGCGCAUCCAUCUUUAUCUAUCUUCCCCUCCUGUUGCUGGCCUAUGGAGUUUUGAUGCCUAGGCUUCAUAUCUUGCUACAUUCAUAGGUAACUUCUUUUAGAGCGUGGGGGCAAGACAGAUGCCGAAAAUGACAGAAUUACUUUGAAGGACUGAGUG